AUGGAACUUAAGGCAGGAGAAGCCGUCCUCGUGGAAAGCAUGUCAACGCGCAUGCCGGAUUCUUAUGGAGACAGGAUUCUUGCGCUUCGAUGUUUUACCAGUUAUGAGCUUAAGAAGUUCGCCAAGCAUCUUAAUUUGUGA